UCAUGGUCGUCCCGAUCAAAGCGAGAGCAGAUAGUAGGAAAAUCACCCUCUUUUCGUUGGGGUCCGCGGGGAACAGACCCAAGAUGCUAAGGACCCCAGUGUUAGGCAGGAGCUUUCAGAAGUCCUCUGGUUUCUCCGUCUUGGUCAAGCAGAUGUGGGGGGCUCUCCGCAGUCAUCUGCGAAGGCCAGGGCAAUGGUGCUCGCAGGGUCCCUGUGCACAAAGAAAUCGGAAUGACACUUUGCACCCCCUCUGGAAGGGCCUGGCCUCCAUACCAGGGGGCACCCGACAGUCGCCCAUCAACAUCCGCUGGAGGGACAGUGUCUACGACCCGCAGCUGAAGCCUCUCAGGGUUUCCUAUGCCGCAGCCAGCUGCCUGCACAUCUGGAACACCGGCUAUUUCUUCCAGGUGGAAUUCGACGACUCGGCCGAGGGAUCAGGGAUCAGCGGUGGCCCCUUGGAAAACCUCUACAGACUAAAGCAGUUCCAUUUCCACUGGGGGGCGGCGAACGAGCGGGGCUCAGAGCACACGGUGGACGACCACGUGUACCCGGCAGAGCUGCAUUUAGUUCACUGGAAUUCGGUGAGAUACCGAGAUUACAAAGAAGCCGUAACGGGGGAGAACGGCGUGGCCGUGAUAGGCGUGUUUCUAAAGCUGGGGGCCCGGCACGAGGCACUGCAGAAGCUGGUGGAAGUCUUGCCGGAAAUCAAGCAUAAGGGUGCACGGGCUGCCGUGGGCCCCUUCCAGCCCUCCCGUCUCCUGCCCGCCUGUCGGGACUACUGGACCUACCCCGGCUCCCUCACCACGCCUCCGCUCAGCGAGUCGGUCACCUGGAUCAUCCAGAAGCAGCCUGUCGAAGUGGCUCAGAGCCAGCUGGCUGCCUUUCGCAUGCUCCUGUCUUCCGCGCUCGGUGAAGAAGAGCAUUCAAUGGUGGACAACUACCGUCCGCUUCAACCCCUGAUGAACCGGAAGGUCCGUUCAUCCUUCCAGGCUGCAGAAGGGGGCAUCCGAGGGAAUGUCACCUCUGACACUAAAAAGAGAGAAAGAGAUCAUUGUUUCAGUCACCGUGCGUUUCAGUUGCGGGGAAAAGAAACCACCUCAAAGAAGCCUCAGUAGGGUAGGGAACGGAAAUGUGGGGACACGGGCUAUCUCGGCGCCUACGGCAAUGCCUGAACAAGCCCCAGCUGACCCGGGCCACCCGCCCAUGCUUCCUUGUCUCAGGCAGGCGCCCUCUGUCUCUCCACACUCAUGGCCCCCGCGUGCUUCCCGAGGGACGGGGACCCACAUGAGUCUUCCCCGCCUCCAGACUCCUGGGCAUCUCAGUGUCCUGGGGCUGUUGUGACAGAUAACCAGACCGGAGGGGCUAACCCAACAGCGACGUGUUCCUUCACAGUUCUAGAAGCCCAGUUUGAAGGUGUCGGGGGGCUGGCGGGAAACCUUGGCUUCCUGGCCCGUCCCGGCCCCUGAGGCCGCCUGCGUUCCCCGGCUCGAGCCCCCGCUCCGGCUUCACGGCCUAGGGGGUUUCCAAUGUGGCCGCUCAGGACCUGGUGCCGUUCGGUUGUGGUCAUUCUGCUUUUUUUUUUUUUUUUUUAAUUGUAAUGAAACACACACCACAUAAAUUACCAUCUUACCCAUUUCCAAGUGAACGGG